CCGCCACCCCGCGUUAGUUGGGCGGGAGGCGGCCGAGUCUCUCCGUCCGGCCCGACGAAGGGAGGAUGUGUGAGCCCUUCUGCCGGGAUCACCAGGCGGCGCCACACGGCCAGGUAAUUAAAGCAGCUAAAUGGAGUCUGAGCAGUUGUUCCAUAGAGGUUACUACCGAAAUAGCUACAACAGCAUAACUAGUGCAAGCAGUGAUGAAGAACUUCUAGAUGGAGCCGGUGUGAUCAUGGACUUCCAGACCUCUGAAGAUGACAAUUUGUUAGAUGGUGAUGCAUGUAUUGCAGGAACUCAUUAUACAAUGACAAAUGGAGGAAGCAUUAACAGUACUACACAUUUACUGGACCUUUUGGAUGAGCCCAUUCCUGGGGUUGGAACAUACGAUGACUUCCACACCAUUGAUUGGGUGCGAGAGAAGUGCAAGGACAGAGAAAGACACAGACGGAUCAAUAGCAAGAAGAAAGAAUCAGCCUGGGAGAUGACAAAGAGUUUGUAUGAUGCAUGGUCAGGAUGGCUAGUUGUAACACUAACUGGAUUAGCAUCAGGUGCAUUGGCUGGGUUGAUAGAUAUUGCUGCAGACUGGAUGACUGAUUUAAAGGAAGGCAUUUGUCUUAGUGCCCUGUGGUUCAACCAUGAACAGUGUUGCUGGGCCUCAAACGAAACAACAUUUGAAGAGCGAGACAAAUGUCCUUUAUGGAAAACAUGGGCAGAACUAAUAAUUGGUCAAGCAGAGGGCCCAGGCUCUUACAUCAUGAACUACAUCAUGUAUAUUUUCUGGGCCUUGAGCUUUGCUUUCCUAGCCGUUUCUUUGGUGAAGGUGUUUGCACCUUAUGCAUGUGGCUCUGGGAUUCCAGAGAUCAAAACUAUAUUGAGUGGCUUCAUCAUUAGAGGAUACCUGGGCAAGUGGACCUUGAUGAUAAAAACAAUCACUUUAGUCUUGGCUGUAGCCUCAGGUUUGAGUUUAGGAAAAGAGGGUCCUCUAGUACAUGUUGCCUGUUGCUGUGGAAAUAUCUUUUCCUACCUCUUUCCGAAGUAUAGCACAAAUGAAGCAAAAAAAAGGGAGGUAUUAUCAGCUGCUUCAGCAGCUGGCGUAUCAGUAGCCUUUGGUGCCCCCAUUGGUGGAGUCCUUUUCAGCCUAGAAGAAGUCAGUUAUUAUUUUCCACUGAAAACUUUGUGGAGAUCUUUUUUUGCUGCUUUGGUGGCUGCAUUUGUGUUGAGAUCAAUCAAUCCUUUUGGUAACAGUCGCCUAGUUCUUUUCUAUGUUGAAUACCAUACUCCAUGGUACCUGUUUGAACUGUUGCCAUUCAUUCUUCUGGGGGUGUUUGGUGGGCUAUGGGGAGCAUUUUUCAUCCGUGCAAACAUCGCUUGGUGCCGGCGACGCAAAUCAACAAAAUUUGGAAAAUAUCCAGUUCUGGAGGUCAUUAUUGUAGCAGCAAUAACCGCUGUCAUUGCUUUUCCAAAUCCAUACACCAGAGUCAACACCAGUGAGCUUAUUAAAGAACUCUUCACAGACUGUGGCCCCUUGGAAUCUUCCUCCCUUUGUGAUUACAGAAACGACAUGAAUGUCAGUAAAAUAGUAGAUGAUAUUCCUGAUCGUCCAGCAGGCACAGGAGUGUAUUCAGCUAUAUGGCAGCUGUGUUUAGCCCUUAUAUUUAAGAUUAUAAUGACAGUCUUCACCUUCGGUAUCAAGGUGCCAUCAGGCUUGUUCAUACCUAGUAUGGCCAUUGGAGCAAUAGCUGGGAGAAUCGUGGGAAUCUCUGUGGAGCAACUUGCAUAUUAUCACCAUGACUGGUUUAUCUUCAAGGAGUGGUGUGAAGUUGGAGCAGACUGUAUAACCCCUGGCCUCUAUGCUAUGGUUGGUGCUGCUGCAUGCUUAGGUGGUGUGACAAGGAUGACAGUAUCUCUAGUGGUUAUUGUAUUUGAGUUGACAGGUGGGCUAGAAUACAUUGUGCCCCUCAUGGCUGCAGUAAUGACAAGCAAGUGGGUAGGAGACGCUUUUGGCAGGGAAGGUAUCUAUGAAGCACACAUUCGUCUGAAUGGAUAUCCCUUCUUGGAUGCCAAGGAAGAAUUUACCCACACAACAUUGGCAGCUGAUGUCAUGAGACCUCGAAGAAAUGAUGCACCCUUGGCAGUGUUGACACAAGAUAAUAUGACAGUGGAUGAUAUAGAAAAUAUGAUCAAUGAAACCAGCUAUAACGGUUUUCCUGUUAUAAUGUCCAAAGAGUCCCAGAGGCUAGUGGGAUUUGCUCUAAGGAGAGAUUUGACUAUUGCAAUAGAAAGUGCCAGGAAGAAGCAGGAAGGCAUUGUUGGCAGUUCCAGAGUCUGUUUUGCCCAGCAUACCCCAUCACUUCCAGCAGAAAGCCCUCGACCGUUGAAGCUUAGAAGCAUUCUUGAUAUGAGCCCUUUUACUGUGACGGAUCACACACCAAUGGAGAUAGUGGUCGAUAUUUUCCGCAAACUGGGCCUGAGGCAGUGCCUUGUAACACACAAUGGGAUUGUCUUGGGGAUCAUCACAAAGAAGAACAUAUUAGAGCAUCUCGAGCAACUAAAGCAGCACGUCGAACCCUUGGCGCCUCCUUGGCAUCAUAACAAAAAAAGAUAUCCUCCGUCAUAUGGCCCAGACGGCAAACCAAGACCCCGCAUCAAUAAUGUUCAACUGAAUUCAGUAACAGAGGAGAGAGAGGAAAGUGAAGAGGAGGUUCAUUUGUUGAAUAGCACAACACUUUAGCAUGAGGCAUUGUUUUGCAAUGCAAGAAGAAAGCUGAUUUUUGGGGAAGCAUGCCGCUGGAAUUCAGGAGUUGAUUUAGGAUAAAGCGCAGAGUUGGAAAAAGGAUGGUCCUCACAGUAACAAAGAGGGUAGGAGCAAAGUUCUGCAAUCUUGCACUGGAUGCGUUCUAAGUUGCUAGAUCUGCCAUGAUAGUGCAGUAACAAAGUUGUGUCAGAAGAUGGAAGGCUCCAUUCUGUACCCUGCUGCUUUAGCAUUGAAGAAACUGAUUACUAGUCCCUGUUUCUGGAGGGAUCAUUUUGAAUUGAGCCAUCUUUUGAAUACUGGAAGAUUUUGCCCUUUUUACCACAGACAAUUGUUGUGUUAACUCAUUAAGUGCAUAGUUAUUUAUAUCGCCUCUUUACAUUCCAAAAGAGCUUUUAUUUCUCUCUCCUGAGCCCUAACAGAGCCUCUUUACAAUUGAUGUGCCCUUCUGAAAUGGUAGUUUCUCAUAUUGAGAUGUACUGUGACCUGCUGAGUUUGUUCACAAGAAGGAAGUAUUUCUUGUGCCAUUUAAACUUAAGAGAUUGUAUAUCAUGAAAUUAUUAUGGCAGUUCUGAUCUACUGCAACAGAAGCAGAUUGAGCAGGUAAAAUAACUUGUAUGAAGCAUGUUUGAAAUCCUGUAGCUUUUGAGCUGCAGCUUAAACAGCCAAAACCUGUCUCAAAAAGAAUGUUGUUGCAAGAUGAUAACAUGACCUGGGCUUAUGCAAUUUUUUUGUAUUAUUAAAAACACUAAGGUAUAUACCAAUGUUGUGCGGUGUAAGGAAAAUACUGCUACUCUAUUAAGAACAAUUCUAUAUAAACGUGUCUGGUAACAACUGCAUGCUCAAACACUGGAGAUUUCCUCCCCGCCUCAGAAUUACGACCCAUCACUUUUUGUUCCCUGUUCCUACAAAAAUGUAAUCAUAUUUUGCACUAGAUAUACACUGAUAUUUGAGCAUUAUUUUAUUUAUAUUUUUAUGAAUUAAAAUAUACUAAAUAAAAUUAGUUAACAGUGACACAGUUAAUUUAACCUUUAUAAUGUAUUUUUUAUACAGUAAUUCAGAAACCUCCAUGAGCAAAGAUGGGUUAGGCAAAAGCUUAUCAAUGGGGGAAGUGUUUAAUAUUUCUUUAUAAUGCAGCCUGCCACUUGAUUGAUGGCUAUAAUCUUAAAUUACUGUUUGUUUUUAAACAAAGCAGAAAUAAUGGACCCAUUAUUUGUAAAUAUUGCAGGAUUUAAAAACACUUAUUUUAAUUAUAAACCUGUUAUCGUUUUGAUUUUGAUUUUCAGUAGCUUUGGAACAUAACUGCUGAAGUGAUAACUCAGUUUUUCAAGUAACAAUUGAUUCCUACUGCAACUAUGUCGGGUUUAAAUCCUAUCCACAACAGAUAUAAUUUACUGGAACAUUUUUUGUCUCAAUUAGAAAUUUAUGGGUUGUAUCCACUUGGUGUCUCUCAAUUGAGAAAAAGCUCUUGGAUGCAGCAGAGCCUUGCCUCAGUGCACCACUUUCCACAUUAGUCUAAUGGUCUUCUGUCCAUUGUAGGAGGAAAGGGAAAUCACUGAAGUUUGCCCCAAUCUCUGUUCUACUGAUGGAAGCACCUGCUGGAUCAAAGAGCCUUCUUUCAGCAGUGGGACACCAGUAUACAAUCCUUUGUAUUUGGAAUGUCUACACUGUAUUCUACACAAAACAUCACUACCACAGUAGCCUGGUUGGCACAACAGUAUCUUUCUCCCUGGUCCUUUUUGCUGCUUCAGUGAGCCAAGUCAACGUUUGGCUUAGUGUGUUGGCCUUGGGAGUAGCUCAUGGUCAGUGAGAAGAGAGCUUAACCAUGAGGCCCAGUUGCACGAGAUACUUAGACAAAGUUUGGCUUAGCUUGCAGCAGCAAAAAGGACUGGGGAGGAGCAAGGAGCUGCUCUGGAGCUCACAGUGUCUAGUUAAGCCAAACUUUGGUUUAUCAUGUGUGAACCAGGCCCAAAGACUUGGAGGUGUUACUUUGAGGGUUUUGACCAUAAAAAAACUGAAACAUAAAUGGGAAAGUUUAGAGAUGUGACUGGCAGGUGAAUUCCAGAGCUUCACGUCUCCUGAUAACGAGGGCAUUUAGUACAUUGGCUUUUCAAGCAUUAUGGGUGAGCAUGAAACUGUCAAAAUGAUUGAGGGCUGUGUGGUAAACUGUUUAGCGCCUGACUCUGCCCAGUAAUCCCCUACCUCACUUGAUAAGCCCAUUUGGAAACACUUAAAUUUCACAAGGUGUGAAGGUAGCCAAGGAAGCAUCUCUUAAUAAAAAAGAACCAGGUGCCCUACAUAUUGCAUAUGUGUUUGUGUAACACCAGGUGUGUUUGUGUAUCUCAGGCCUGUUGCCUCAGUAAGCUUUUUUAUUUUCAAAUCAUUCGCUACCAGAGUAUCUGUCUGAGGAAAACAUGUUCCAAAGGAAUACCAGAGUAAAUUUGGUGAAGUCGGUAGGAAUGCAACUAAGAACUGUAAACAAGUGCUUUGCUAAGUGGUCCAAAUACUAUUAAUUGUUUAGGCAUAGCUUUUAAAAUCGAUAGAUUAUUAUUUCUUUGCAGUGCCUAAUUGGUCAAUGUGAUUUAGAAACUGGACCUUUGCCAAAGCUAUACUUUUUGGCACAGUACAUUGGGCCGAAUCCAAAGAUUCCCAGCCUUUGAUGGGAGCCCCGUCAGAGAAAGAGAAACUUUGGCUCCAUGCUAUUUUUAAAAUUGGUAGUAAUGAGACCUUCUUUGUUUACUUGCCUGGGUAUUAAACUGGAACACUUGUUCCUUUGGAGCCUUUUAUUGUGUAAAUCAGUGUUAACUGAACAGAAUUUGGCUAAUGUAUAGACAUAAUUCAGGAGACUACUUAUGAUGCUUCUAACUCUUUAGAAGUAAAAGCAAUUGAAAAAACUCUUCUGCCCUGGUUCUUAUCAUGUAUAUCUAAAAUAAACUUACUUUCUCUAAGUAACAUGCUUUAAUUUGAAAUCCUCCUGUCCUGUUCAGUAUGAAACUUUCAUAUAGCUACUUGCUUUAACACGGCAGGUUUUUUUUUGGUAUAAAUUCAGUGCCCUCAGACUACUUGUUGCAGCAUGAAGUGAAAAUAUACUAAUUCAUGCCCCAGAUCACUCACUUAAAUGUUAGACCUUCACCUUGAAUACUUCACAUCUAUUCUGUGCCGAUCUAAUGCACUGUUUGCUGUUCUUACCUGCUCAGUUUUCCUCACUAGCACAUGACAUGAGUUUGUCAUUAAGAGACUCUGGAACUGAACUAAGUGUGCCUGUGCAUUGCGCAAAAAAGCAGAGGGUAUAUACUAAUGUAAAAAUUUGCAGGGCCUUAUUCAAGUUGAACAGGAUGUGUUUGAGGGUAUCAUCAUCUUUGUUUUGUUUAUAGCAGUUCAGUUGGUUCAUGAAUGCAUAGUUUGUUAAUCUGUGAUAAUUCCUAGACCUGUAUUAAACAUUAAUCCUGAUGUUUUUAUUUAUACUAGUGUGGUAUAGUUGCAUAUCAUUACAGUAAAAUAAAAAACCUAUUACUGUGAUGAUUUCAUUAUAAAAAUGUAUUAAAUUUUUCUGUAUGACCA